CCGGAGUAUAAAUAAAAAGUUUUCACUUUUCUAAAAGUUGACUCAAAUGUCAUAAAACCUACUGAAAUGAUCAACCAGGCUUGUCCUGUGUAAGCCUUAUAACUUGACAAAACCAAAAAUGGGGGUCCAAGACUUUAGUGCAAUCUUUGAUAUACUUGACCCAGCUUGUAGGGGAUAUAUCACCCUAGAACAAUUGAAGGAGUUCCACGAAACACUCCAUUUCACACAGAUUAGCCAGGAUCAGGUGAAUGCAGCAAGUAGGGAUAUUAUUGGCGAGAAUGGCCAGGGUAGAGUUCAGAAGGAGUAUUUCUCUCCGAUGCUACAGGAACUUACCAGGAGGCUAUCAGUGGAGUCAAAGGCUCACUGGGACUUCCAGGCCCUCGACCAUAAUGGAAGUCAUAGGAUCCAUCUUAAAGAUGCCCUUGUGUUGUUUAAAAUGACACAUGGGGACCAGUUCACAAUGCACACUUGGAAGAAGUUUUUGGCCUCCAGAGAGCAUCCUGAAGAUGAUAUUUACUUUGAUGAAAUCAAAAUUUGGCUUUGUAACAAGCCCCUUGGUGAGCCAAGUUCAGAUAGAGAAGUCCUGGAGGCAGAGUCUGAAAUAUCCAACAGUAAAAAGCAAAGAGAUUUCAAAGAUUAUGAACACCUUAAAGUAUUACAGGAUGACGAUACUAGUCAAGCGAGGGAGGCUCGUGAACGAGACGACUACCAGACCAGGACACACAGACUUGCACGCAGGAAACAAAACAAAUGGGAUAAGGAGGGUGUAGAAGGACUGAUCUAUGAUGAUGGUAUGGACUAUGGUGAAGAUAUACCCAGGAAGAUUCGCAACCAUGUUGGCGUGAAUGACCUACUAGAUGCCCUUGAUAUGAAAUAUGAUGGUAUUCGUAGUCAUCUCUUUUGGCAGAUGGUUAGGAGCCAAAUGGGUGAAACUCUCUGGUCCUCGCUGUCAGAUUCAGAGCAGUUUGAUAAAUACCAGCAGCUGAAACUGAAGGAACGUCAACUACGUAAAGAGAACCAAUUGGACAAUAAAGUGUUUAACUUGUAUGGUGCCAGUGUAAUGUACCCGUUGACCACAAGAGGAUUACUGGGUGAGCUGGAGCAGGAGUAUGCUAUGAUGACUACUGAGAUGGGCAAUAAGUACUUGGAGCUAAAGGGCAAGGGGAAGUCAGUGAAUGAGAUACACCAAAAAAUGAGAGAGGAAUAUUCCCACCUAGUACAAGGUCCAAGCCCUUGUAGCAAGAUCCUUAUAGAACUUCAAGAUCGUCAACAAGCUGAGAAAGAGCUCCUUCUUGGCAAACUGCGUUCAGAAAGCAGCAAGAAGUUGACCAGCAGCCCCCAGGUGGAGUAUUGUAAGUUGAUGUGUGAACAGAUGCUACUUGAACAAGAAACUGAUCUUCUGGGGAGUGCUACUGCAGUAGGCCUAGUUGAGAGACAUCAGACAUAUAAAUCAGACAGGUAUGAGCCAGAUAGAGACAGACAGGAAGUACUUGCCAGAGAGAGGCUACGGGUGAGAAAAGGACGUAAACAGCUUAAAGUGUCUCAUACAGAUGGUGAAAUAGGAAAGGAUAAAAAUGCAGGCUUGUUAGAUCUUCAGGUUGAUAUUGUGAGAGAGAUAUCAAGGAAGCAUCUACAAGAGAGAGAGGUGUUGAUUAACAUGCUUCAAGGCAGAGACAGUACCAAUGUAAAAGCUGCUGCCAGGCAACUCAAUAAGGAGCAACGGGAAAAUAAAUUAAGGUUCCUGCGUAAUCAACGCAACAUAUGGAGAGAGGGAACCCCAGAGUAUAUGGCAACUCAGAGGAAUAACCAUAUGAGAACUCUUCAAGAAGGUGUUGGAUUAUACUACGAGAACAGAUUCCAGGAGCUCCUAACCCAGAACCACAACAUAUCAGAGGACAAUGUGAAUGCAGUAGUGCUGGCUGACCUACAGCAGCUGCAAGAUAAACAUUUUGAGACCAGCAUCAUAGAAAUGCAGAGCAAGAAUGGCAAGGAGCUAAUCAGAGUUCAGAAAGCAGAACGUAACAUGAGAAUAGCUGAGAUCUACGACAAUGUUGCUGCAGUAAUCCUUGGAACAUUUGAGUGCACUGCUGAAGAAAAGGAAUAUGUUAAAGCACUAGAGAAGAAAUAUGAUGCACUACGGGAGAAACUCUUGCUUUAUGCUCUGAUUGCUCAUUAUGGGGACUCCUGGGAACAGUUGUCGGAGGAGGAGAAACAGCGUCAUGUGAUAAAAAAGAAAAUGGAGGAGAAAAAGUUGCGCCAAGAAGCAAGGUCAGAUGAGAUGGGACGUCUCCUGGGACAGGCUUCAAAGGAAAUGGUAGGCCUGCGCUCACUCAUGGGUGAGGAACGUGGUGAACACACAAAGCGUUUACAGAACAUUUACGAAAAAGAGCAACAUUUGCUUCUACAUGGCCAGAAGUUGACUGAUGAGGAUUAUCAUGAAUCUUCUAAGGGGCCCUUCAAGGCCCAGAACCCACUCGCAGAUCUACAUAACAGAUUGUAUUAUGAACAGGAAGCCCUCAUUGAAUGGCUUAGAACCCCAGAGAUCAAGAAGAUGAGUGAGCGACAGAGGAAGAUAGAGAUAGUGAGACUGAAUCACCAGACUCUCCUUGCAGAGCGUGCCUACCUCUUUGACAAUGCUGCUCUCACUGUAGGUCUUAGUGAACGUGUCAGGGAUGUCUUCGUGAAGAGGCAUAAACAAGAUCAAGACAGGCAGUACCAGCUUGCAUAUCUCAGAGUUGAACAAAGGAGGAAAAGGAUUGCAAUGGGACUCAGUCAUAAGAAGGAACUUGACAAACACUCAAGACCACCAGCAGGUGAUUUCUUACAAUGGGAAGAGGCGUGUCUGCUAGAGAUGACAAAACGUCACUCAGAGGAAAUCGAGGCCUGUUUGAACAUCCUCCAAGAUGAAGGAUUUGAGGAGUUAAAGGAAUUAGCCAAUGGGAUGACGGCUGAUGAGCGUCAGAAACGCCUCACUGAACUCAGCGGGAAACAUCAUUGGCUAGAUGUAGAAGAUUAUGCUGACCGUGAACAGGCCUUGGUUAUACUGGAGGAAGCAGCAGCUAUACGUGUCAUCAAUAAACGUGAAACUGCCCUCCAGAAACAUGGCAAAACAGCCAGUGAUUAUGACAUCACAGUAGAGUUACUUGUCGAACUGCAAGAUGAACAUGAUAAGCAACUUGCUAAUCUCAUUAACCAAUUGUCUAAACUGACCCAAGAUGAAUUGGAAACAUGCAGAAAAGAUGAGAUGAACAAACGACGCUGGGAGGCCAAUGAGAAUGUUGUUACAGUCUUCACUAAAUAUGAGGGUAUAGCUGAGGAUGAAGAGAUAGUGAAGGCACUAGAGGAGAAGUACGACUCAUUACGGGACAAGCUACUGAUGGAGAUGCUAAUGAAGCAGAUGGGAGACAACGAGUGGAACAAAUUGAGUGAGCAGGAGAGGCAGAGGAGAUUGCUCCAGUUGAAACUCUUGGAGAGAAAACUGAGACAGGAAGGACGUCUUGAUGAGAUCCAGCGUCUUUUUGGAGAUCACAUGACUAAUGAGGAGGCCCUCAAAAAAUUGAUGGGUGAUAAUAGAGCCGAAUACGAGAGAAAACUGAAAGAACGUCUUGCUAACAGGAAGUGGAAAGAAGAGCAAGGCCUUGAUCCAGAUGCUGGGGAGGAACUGCUUGAUGAGGAUGAUACUGAACAGGGUAAAUCCGAGAAUAUCUUUGCAAAGCUCCAGGGACGCUUUGAUGAUGAAAAGGAUGCUCUGCUUGCAAGGCUACGCGGUAUGCAUGACGAUCUAAUGGAUGAGAAACAACGCCAAGCUGAACUAGCCAGGUUGCUAAGAGACAAAAGACGUGCCCAACAGGAGGGAGACUUCGAAAGUGCGGCCAGACUGAUUGGCUUGGCUGAGAGACAACAGACAGCCGCUCAAGAAAGCUUUAGGUUGAGACCCGUAUACCCCUGGCAAAGACUGUUAUUGAAAAACGAUCGAGAGCGCCAAGAAGCUUUAGCCAGAAAGAGGCUGGAGGCACUGAGACGCAAACGACUAGAAGGAAGACAGACUGAAAGCGGUGAUGUUAUCCCCUCAACAGGGAGUCGUUCUGUUCUUCAGGAAUCUGCUCUGAGAAUGUUAGAGAGGAAACACAGCAAAGAACGUGAGCUUCUUGAAAAGUACAUCUCCUCUACCUCCACCUUUGAAGAGCUUAAGGCAGAAGCGAGUUUGACUUCAGAGGAGGGGCGACAAGAAAUGCUAGAAAAAUUACACGGCACACGUCAAAACUUGUCACCUGGUCAAGAAGGAGAACAUGAGCAGCUACUAAUGAAAGCAGCAAUAAUAAAGCUAGAGAGUCGACUGAGAACUUUGAAGAAGUCAUCAACUGGUGAAGUGACAAGUGAUGAAGUUGCAAUGUCAUUACUUGCCGAUCUACAGGAGGAACAAGAUAAGGAAGCUGAGAAAGUCAUGCAAUCUAUUCCUAAUAAGGAUGAUAAUGAAAUAUCCAGAAUGAUCAAAGAUAAGAUGCAAGCCUUGGAUGGCACACCGGAAGCUAUCGGGAAGAAUAUUGCCCACGUCGUGUUUGCAGCAGAACAUAUAAAGGCUGGUGAUACGGACAUGGUCGAAGCAUUGGAAGGCAAAUAUGAUGCCCUCAGGGAUAAACUUCUGGCAGAAGCUCUUAUGAAACAGCAUGGGGAGGCAGAGUGGCAACGUAUGUCAGAACAGGAAAGACAACGUAAACUAGUGGAGCUGAAGCGAAAAGAACGACAGUUGAGACUUGAAGGCAAAAUUGAUGAAGCUGCAGCAUUACUUGGUGAUGCAUUGAAAGAUCAGGAGACCCUGGACAGACUGCUAGGAGUCAGUAAGGAGGAGCAGGAGAGACAACUUAAGGAGAGACUUGCUAAGAGAAAGGAACGGCAAAUGAAAGGAAUGACUAAAGAGGAGGUUGACAGGCUAGAAGAAGAGGAAUUGAAGCAAGAGGAGGAGAAACAGAAAGAGAGGAGGAAGAACAUCUUACUUGAUCUCGAAUACAGAUUUGAUAAGGAAAAAGAUGAACUUCUUAAACGACUUGCUGGAAUGGGUGGUGAACUUGAUGCAGAAAAGCGCCGCCAGAUGGAGCUGGCACGUUUGCGUCGAGAGCAGCGUAAGGCUCGUCAUGAAGAAAACUUUGAUGCAGCUGCGCUUGUGCUUGGUCUGGCUUCAGAUAGGGAUAAAGCAGAGGAACAAGAACGACAGCGUCAGGAGCGCCUAGCCAAAGAGAGGCUAGAAGCGCGUCGCAAAAGACUUAAAGAGACUAAGACACAAGAAGGGGAUGUUCCAUUGCCUGAGGAUGAAAAUGAUGUGAUUGCUAUGCAAGAGGCUGUACUGAAAGAGCUUGAAAGGAAACAUGCUGAAGAGAGAGAUACUUUGACAGAGAUCCUACAUGAAGAGAUUGGUGGUAAAUAUCAUCAAGAGGCCAAAGAGCUUGAUAAUGAAGCAAAGGAUGAACGUCUUGUUGCACUCCUUGACACAUGGACCACUAAGAGACAAACGGGGGCAAGGUUUACACAGGAACAGUUGGAUAUUUUCAAGAUGGCAGCUGGAAUCAGGUUUGAAUUGAAACAUCGGGAGAGAAGUGAGGCAGGUCUCAGUUGUCAUGACGAUGACCUCCAGAUGGCGAUAUUGGCUGAUCUACAACAACAACAAGAUCGGGAAAUGCAAAACUUAAUGGAAGGAAUUGGAGAAAAGGAUGCCAAGACUUUGAAGCAGUUGAAACUUGUACAUGCAACAUCUCGAAAACAAGAAUGGCAUGACAACACAGCCAUUGUACUCCUAGGGGAGACUAAGAGAGAUGCUGAGUACAGUAAUGAAGAGACUGAGAUAAUUAAGGCAUUGGAACAGAAGUAUGAUGCUAUGAGAGAUAAACUACUUGCUGAGGCAUUGAUGAAACAGUUUGGGGAGGCAGAGUGGGGAAGGAUGUCAGAACAGGAGAGACAGCGACAACUCAUGAAGAUGAAACUGGAGGAAAGAAGACUCAGAAAGGAGGGCAAGUUUGAUGAGGCUGCUGCACUAUUGAGUCAGUUAGCAGACAAUGAAUCAGAACUGAGUAAGAAACUAGGAGACUCCCAGGCAGAGCAAGAAAGGAGGUUGCAGGAGCGUCUCAAACGUCGCAAGGAGCUCAUGGCAGAGAGGAAAGAGAAAGGUCUUUCAACAGAUGACCACGUGCUUGAUGUCAUCCUAGAGACUGAGGAACUAGAGGAAGAGAAAUCUAAAAGAAAGAAUAUUCUGGAAGGACUACAACACAGUUUUGAUGAUGAGAAAGAUGCUCUUCUGGCAGCCAUGCGAGGCCAGGAUGCACGGUUGAAGGAUGAACGUCAGCGUCAGUUGGAGCUAGCGAGACUACGACGUGACAAGAAGCAGGUUCAGCAGGAAGAUGAUUUAUUUACAGCGGCAUCUAUAUUCAACAUGGCUCAACAGAAUGAAAAAACUAUUGAGUCAAAUAUGGCGAAGGAUCGGGAGAGACAGCGUAUGCUAGCCAGAGAGCGGCUAGAGGCAAGACGUAGGAAAAAGACACUAAAUGUUGACUCAGAAAUGAGCAAACAACAACUGGAAGAGAAACUUAAGUUAGAAGCUGCUGAGAAUGAACUUAAAGAUGCUCUUACGGCUAACAACUUUGAAGGAGAAGGUGCAGUUGCCCUGCAUGAGGCUGUUUUGGCUGAGGUAGAGGUCAAACACAAUGCUGAAAGAGACAUCCUUAUAGAGUUGAUACAAGCUGCCCAGGCUGAUGUCAACACACAGAACAAUGCAAGCUCAUUGUCUGAACUGGAUCUUAAGAUGAAUCUUGAAAAGAUGCGUCAAGAGCGUGUAAAAUGGCGGAACAAAUCCCGCCAGACUGUUAUGGCCCUCAAUGAAGAAACCAUGACAAAAGAGGACAAAGAUCUUCACAUAGCCAAAGUAGCCGAACAGAGAUCUGAGCAGUUCAAACUACUCUCCAAAGCAAUGGUCUACAGACUUCAAGUUGAAAAGAUGAAUGUUCAAAACAAAAAUCCAAAUAUGGACAUUGCCAAGAUGGCGGAUGAGAUCUCAGUUGGAUUAUUGACAGACUUGCAGCAAAAUCAGAGUACAGAGAAUACAGCACUUGGAAAACUACUCACUGAUCAGGAUGACUCUACCCUAAGUAAGAUCAAAGAGACGCAGAGGAAAUCACGACGUGAGGGAUGGAUGGAUAAUGUCACAACAACCAUAUUCACCAUCACUGCAGAAGAAGAUGCUGACCCUGAAGGUGCUGUAGAUCAGGAUAAAAUUGAGAAGGAAUUGGAGAAAGAAUUUGAACAGGAAAAAGAAGAACUGAAAAAGAGACAACGUAGAAGUGGAGAGGAGAUUGACCUUGAGGCCGAGUUGGCCAAUCUAGAGGCACAACAGAAUGCAAGGAAAAAGGCUAUGACAGAAGCCAUGGAGAGACAAAAGGCACUAGCCAGGGAAAAGCUAGAAGCCAGGAGACGUGCAAGAGACAACAAGGAGUUUGAGACAGACUAUGCGACAGAGAUGCUCAAGAUGGUGGAGAGACAGAAUUCUGCCAUCUUAGAGGGGAGAUCUACGGAGAAAGGACGCCAGGCAGAUAUUAUGCAACAACGCCUUCAAGCACGUCGUGACGCAAGACGUAAAGAAGCUGAGCAACGAUUGGCUGAAGAAAGGGCUCAAAGAGAGGCUGAAGGUGUUAAGCCUGGCAGUGGUAGCAGUGAACGUAGUAGCUCUAGCAGAGGAACACCACUUCCACCUGGAUUUGGAAUGAGACGUGAGAAGACAGCUCUUGAUGUGAAGAUGAAUGAAGGAGAUAAGGAAGAUGAGAUAAAGAAACUCAUGCAAGAACAAAACGUAGUGCAGAAUAAGAUAGGAUCAGAGCAGAGCCGACAGGGAGAAAUGUUACAAAAGCGUCUUCAGCAGCGCCAGGGCAAGAGAAACCAGGAGGCGGCCAAUCUCCUAGCACUUGGGGAGAGACAGAAAACAAUCCUGGAGAAGACAAUGAAAGAUGAGCGUCAACGUCAGAUCACCAUGGUGAGGGAGAGAGUUGCACGAGUGAAGUAUGAAAGGACAAUGACAACAAAGGGAAAGAGAGACCCAAAUGCCAAAACCUUUGAAGAAUUAGUUGACUCCAAUGAACUUAAAGAUUUGUCAUCGGAUGACAAGAUGGAGCGUGUUGCUAAGAUGAUGCAGGAUAAGUUCAAACAGGAAGAACAAGAAGUGAAACAGGGCAAGAAAACAACUAACAUCAUACGAGAGGAGGAUGAGACAGAUGGAAAAACAAAUAUGUUACAAGUUCCAUUUAUACCUAAAGUGAUGGCCCCGGACUCAGCCAGUGAUAUGGAUAUAUCAGAUGACGAAGCCUUACAGGGUGCCACGUCACAUAAGAAAAUGGAUAAGAAAGAGAAAAUGGAGAUGUUGAAACGACAUCCCAGUUCCAUAGGACAAAGCAGUGAGACAACUUAACUGAGGGACAAUGUCGGAGUUGAAAUGAUAACCUGAUAUGGUCGUUGGAGUGAAAAAAACUGAUUUGUGAAAGAACACUUAAAUGCAGUCCUUUUAGGAUUUCCGUCCAUAAAAACUGUUUGAUCGACGUACAUAUAGAGGCAAUGCAGUAUAUCAUAUAUACUAUAUGUCAAGUAUAUACACACCUUGCCAUAUAUCAGAGAAAGGAUGUUCCGAAUUUCAUGUAUCCUUUUUCAUUAUCACCAGCCGUCCAGUAGCACUUUACAGAAAAUAAUAUUUUGAAAUAUUGAUAUUUAUUUAUUGUAAUUUUAUAACAUUUUCUGGUUAUAAAUAUGUUGUAUGUGGUACAUGGUUAUAUUAUCGUGACUUCAUCCCCUCAAACUAAUACAGCAUUGAGAAAAUACAGCAUAUUAUAAAAUAUACAUGUGCAUUCCGUCCACAAAUUCUUCCAAUAAGAACAUGUGCAUGAAAGUAUUUAUACUUUUCUGUAUUCACAUUAUUUUUCGUUAAAUGAGCAUUUUUAUAUUUUCUUUUUUUGAAAUUAUGUAUUUUAAUGAAGUAAAUAAUGAAUGUAAUGUAUGUAAGCCAGGUUCUCC